AUCAGGUAUUUUAACUGGAAAGCAUGGAAGUGUUGCGGGGCCUGCCCUAUUAUUACAGAGAACUUGAAGGAGCGGACAUUUUAUCAGAUACCUUUAAAUCUAACCAGAUCCUGACGCCCCUACAAACACCGACGCGACCAACUUCUUCACAGAUCAGGUAUCAGGAGUUAAGAAAAUCACUUCAAGUGUGCAGGCUGCCAUGGGGAUCGGAACGGGAAUAUGGUGGGAUCGCCCCAGUGUCCCUGCCAGCAGAUCACAGACCGAAAUCUGAGCCUCCUCCUCUCCUCAGUAAAGGGCGCCAGCAUUAUGGGUUUGGUGGAGAUCCAUGGCCCAGGGGCUAUCCCAUUGAACAGUACUAUGAUUUGACCCAGAAGACAAAGAGCAAACUAUAUGGAAACGACUCCUUGCUUCCUAAACCACCUAGCACCGAAGCUGAACAACUGUGCAUGCCAUUUCCAACUGAGCAUCCCUAUCACACUCACAUUCCUAGAUGUGCUUUGUUCCCACCUUUUACGUCACCCGGGGAUCAAAACACGGGUAUCCUAGCAGCUGGACAGCAACCAUUCCCUCCCACCAUGCCUACCAAGAAUUAUGAUGCAACAGUUUUGAAGAAGACAAAAGGUAAUCCAUACAGACAUGAAGUCAUUGAUUUCCCCUCGGACUCCCAGAAGAAACCUUUAUGGUGGCCAGGUCAACACAUGUAUUUUCACCUUCCUAAAUCCGUUCAGGGAAGCAACCAGUUAUUCUACCCCAAACCACCUAAAGUUUUGGCUCCUAACACCAAUUCAAAUAUUUGGGACCCCAGUUUCCUUGCAAGAGUGGCCAACAUCCAGAGAAAUCUGGAGCGAGCCAAUUGGAUGACGUCUCACAAGCGUGAUUUCACAGGUUCAGGGCCCAUGAACCCUCUUGAACUGGAUGAUUAUCAUGAAAAGGAGACUGCUAAAUUAACUGGAGAGAAACGGUUUGACUCAGAGCCCAAAGAAAAAUCCCAUCCGUCCUUCUCCCGACCAAGACCGCUGGAAGGACGCACUGCCCGUUUGCUUCAGGGCCGGCGACCUCAUGAGUCAGGAUCACGAGAUAAAAUGCCCUCCCGCCCGGAUUGCACCCCUGCACCCCUGUGCGUCUCCCAGGCUACCGCUCUAGGGCCGAGGCUGAUGGAGACAAGCACACCGUCCGGCGGGGAAUGCAGAGGGCGGAUUUCGAAAACUGAAAACGAGAUCAAGGGAGUACCACCACCCCAGGCUUUCUAUCGACUCCCACCUCACUGUGAUCGGGUGGUGCUUUAUGAAGUAAACCCUUUCCCGAAAAUCACCGACACCUGCCAGACAGAGUCUUUGUACUGGAGGCAGCUAGCAUUAAGACCGCAGUCUGAGCCGGGCCCCGGACCCAUCUUCUAUGAAGAUAUGAAAGCCAGCCCUCACAGUCGGGACGUCGUGUGGCAAAACUCGGUUAGCCUUGGCAAGCCAGGUUUUCCAGGGGAUCGAAGAGACCGAGGAGCCGCCCAUUUAGAACCUGUUUCCAGCCCGCUCCCAGCCCCUCAGCAAGCUGGGAACUUGGAAGAAAAGCAAGAUGCGGGACCCACCAUGACCGAUGCCGAGGUGGCUCGCCCUCAGACGUCCCUGAUGGAGCGUCAGGAUUCUUUUUCAAAAACGGAUAUGCACAGACGCUUCCAUGAAUCGAUCCAACAAAGCAAAAAAGACCUCAGGGAUAAUCAUCGUUUUGGGAGGAGAUACAAGUUCUACGGCUUCCAUUCAUUUUAUUUCCGUAAUUGAUAUAUACUCCUUUGUCCCUUGGAAACUUCACAACUGCAAGGGAAAAAAAAGAACUGAAUCCCCUGCUUAGGGUUGCAGCGCUCUGAAGACUGCUGGGUUGCCGCAAACUCUCUUCCCCCUGCCGUUUCAAGUCAAGCACUCUUGCAUUUUUGUGGAUCAGAAAAAAAACAGUGUAAGAGGUUGAGAGAUUAAAUUAAAUUUCCAGGCACAACACAGGCCAUCUUGGAGUCAUGAGGAGGGACAAAG